AUGCCUUCCUCCAUGUUAAAAAUUACAACCUUAGUUGCAUUAGCAUCAUACAUUUCCACCACCUUGGCCGCUCCACCAGCCUGUUUAUUAGCUUGUGUUGCUCAGGUCGAAAAGAAGUCUGAUUGUACUGGAUUAAAUGAUUUAUCUUGUAUUUGCUCUAGCAAGGGUAGCGAUGUCAAGAAGUGUUUAGAUGACAUCUGUCCAGAUGGAGAUGCAAAGAGUGCCAAGUCAGCAUUUGAAGAUUCUUGUGAAGGCCACUCCAGCUCGUCAUCGUCGUCGAGUGGAGCUUCUUCUUCCACCAAGGCUUCCUCCAGUGCUGCUGCUUCAUCCGGAGCUGCUUCUUCUGGAACUGUCUCUUCUGGAGCUGCUUCCACCACCGAAGCUUCUUCUCAAUCUGGUUCCGGUGAAAGUUCUGCUGCCCCAACCCAAGCUACCUCGCAAGCUGUUUCCAUUGAAAGUUCUGCUGCCCCAACCCAAGCUUCCUCGCAAGCUGCUGGUGGCUCCGGAUCCGACGAUGAAUCUACCUCGUUGGCUGGUGUUGCAACCACUGUCUCGAGUUCUUCAUCUGGUUCAAGUGUUCCAGUUGUUCCAACCCAAUCUGUAGACGGUGCUAAUGUCCAAGGUCUUUCCGUUGGUGCUAUCUUAGCUGGUUUAGCCGGUGUUGCUUUGUUAUAA